GGGUAUAUUAUUUGAAUUACAAAACCAAAACAUAAAAUUAACAAUAAACGACAAAUUUCAAAGCAAGAAGCAAUUGUGUACUGGCAUCAAUGAAGCGGGGCCUAGAUGGAUUGAACCCGAGCCGAAUUUUAUAUAAAGGAAAAAUUGAUAGUAAUAAUCUCAACUAUUGGUAAUCAGUUCAUAAUAAUCUCAACUAUCUAUUAUUUCAGAAUAAUCCCAACUUUAGGGACCUUCCGCCAAUAAUGGUCCCACGUUACCGGCAAUAAAUAAAUUUCUAUAGUUUCUAAAGUGGAUGAGAAGAGAUAAUAGCAAGUAAUCCCUAUAAAUAAUCCCAAUUUUUAAUUUUUACGCUUGAUUUCUAUUUGAAAUACACUUUUUAUCUGGUCAUGAACCAUUAUUGGCGGACGGUCCAUAUAGUUAGGAUUAUACAAAAAUAAUCAAUAGUUGGGACACUAUUAUUGUUAGUGGACCGGCAAUAGUUGAGAUUAUUAUUUUCAAUUUUUCCUUAUAUAAAUUAAUGUAUAUGGAGAUACAAGGACCGCCGAGGCAGAAGAGCUUUGGGGUGGAUUGCAAGAGAUUACAGUAGUAAUUUUAUCAACUAAGAUUGGAAUGCUAGUAUUGCAGACUCGUCACCAAUAUCACAUCUACUAAAAAUGAUAAGUGGGAGAGGGGGUUAGCAUGGCUCUUUUACCGUGUGAAUAGUCCCUAUUGAUUAACGCCGUUUGCUGCUCUCCGCCUAUGAAGUGAGUCACGAUGCUUUCCCAACUCAUUUUCCAAAUUCCGCUUCUCAUUUUUGCUCGUUGUACGCAGGGCUAGGGUUCCGAAGUACAUAUGGCUUCAUGGAGCGAUUUCUCCUUAUUUUUGGAGAUUUGUUGUGUUAGAGAUUGUUUUUUUUCUUGGAUCUUGGUCGUAAUCCCUUUCUAAACUCUGGAUUCAGCUUGGAAGGAUGAUUCACGCACAAAGACCAUAAAACGAUUUCUAAUUCUCGCGAAAUGCAUUGUUCACGGCUGAGAAUGUGACAUUCAAGGUAGAUGAUCGGUUUUGCAUAUAUUUGGAGUACAUCCAUCCUGGAUCACUUAAUAAAUAUCUUAGAGAUUAUGAGGGAGCUUUGCCAGAGUCUGUUGUUGGGAAUUUUACUCGUCAUAUUGUUUCUGGAAUAGCUUACUUGCACAACACCAAGACAAUUCACAGAUGCAUCUGGUGUUGUCAAGCUUGCUGACUUUGGAUUGGCAAAACAUAUGCUUUUUUAUGCUCUCAAAGUGCGUCCGUGGUAUUCACUUCUUCUGUUUUCUUUUCCCAUUAAAUUAAGAGCUUUCGGGGAAAAAAUAUUGAUCUUUCAUUGAAAGGAAGUCCUCAUUGGAUGGCCCCUGAGGAACAGACAAAACUGCACAACCAAGCAAUGUAGUGUACCCGAAGGAGAAAUGGGUCCCACUGUACGACAACAACUUUCAACUGGACCUAAAACUUUUCAAAUGCCAGGAUCCAGUGAUACUCUCGAUCUUACAGAAGCAUUACCUCUGGCGUGCAUUUAAUGAAGCCAAACCAGUGCCAGAGGUGUAUCUACAACAGUUCUGGGGCAUGAUGCACACAGCCUCAGAAAAGGACAGGUCAAAAAUCAUGACCAAGCUGAACGACAAGAGAGUGGUACUCACACCCUCCACAAUCAGGGAGACACUGAAGCUCCCGGUCCUACAGAACUACGUACCCCUGCCUACCAAUGAAGAACUAAUCAAGGGGAUGAAAAAUCUUGGAUACGACAGCCCACUGCCUCUGCUGUCAAACUUCACAAUCUCCAACCUGCCCCACCCAUGGAAGAGUCUGUUCGGCCUGGUCAACAAAUGCUUGUCUCCUAAGCACGCCGGACAUGACAAGUGCAACAAGCAGAUCCUACAAAUCUUCCAUGGGAUCACAUAUGACAAGCAGUACGACAUGGCCCAGCUCUUCUGGACAGAGCUGAUGGACCAGGUCAAGAUGAAGGAGAACAACAAGGGAAGCACAAUUCCCUACGCUCGGUGGCUGGCGCUGAUGAUCCACAACAUGUUAGAAGCCACCCCCACAAUCCCUAAGCGCAAGGAAGACAAGCACUUCACCGCCCCAAAGCUCAAGUACUUUCAAAGAGACAGCAACAAGGCUGAAGCACUGCCUAUCCCGGACUCUCUACUUGACCUUGCAAAUCCGAGGGAUAAAGCAGUCAUCGACUACAAAGAGUCGCUGAAGAGAACGGUCCCUAUGGUUCAGCAAAACCCAGCUGGACCUUCCCCGGGAACCAAGCCGAGAGCAGGUGAGGGUAAGAAGAAGAGAGCCCCGCCACAGAAACCAGUGGCAACCCGGCCCAAUGAUGAUCAAUCUGCUAACUCUUCCGAGAGGACCCAGACUGCUGAGGGCCACCCUAUCAAUGCUGAGGACACUGCCGAUGAACCAUCAAGCCAGGCCCCUUCUAAUAAGGCUGGUGGUGAGGCCUCCGAUAGCAUGGCCAAGGGAAAGGAGAGGAAUGAUGAUGAUGAUAAUGCAGAUGAUGAUGAUGACAUGGAGGGAGUCCUGAUCAGCAACAGGAAAAGAGCCGGAAAGAGAGCCAUUCCGAUAGACUCCGACUCCUCAUCGGACAAUGAAGAGGCUGCUCACAUGUCCCGACCACUUAAGGGCAUUGUCAUCAGUGAGCAGCGCUCCAAACACAACAGCGACAAAUCUGCAUCAUCACAGCCUAAGAAGAGGCUCAGAAAGAAAAGUGCAGUGGAGGAGGAGCUGGCACUAUACGAUGACUGUGACACCUUCGUCACUAUAGACCGAACCACGCCCCUAGGAGCAGAAGCUGACCUUGUCAGUUCCCGGGUAGAAGUCGCAGCAUCUGGUUCAACUGCGCAUGCACAGCCAUCUCCCAUCCACUCUCCAGUCUCCCAACAGACUGAAGUUUCAAUAACUCAAGGGGAGCUUACACCGACCUCACUGAUUCCUUCCGAAUCUGCUGAGAGACUUAGUGGUCAACAGCCCCGGACCACUACCCCCAUCCGUUCUAUCACAUCGAGUCUAGGUGUCACCAUUCCUACAUUUUCACAUUUUUCUAGGACACCUACACUAUUCACUGCACAUACAGGUGCACUCACCCUGAAUGCAACGACCGGAGCGCAAACUAUGAUGGUCGGAAGCCCUGCUACGCCAACAAUGCCUCGAUCAUUGAACGCAGGCCACACAUCAGCCAUCUUCACUGAUGCUGUGACAACAGUUACAACCCCUGUAACUGGAACCAUUAUCCCCGAAGACAUUCUCGUAUAUCUGAAUAGCUUUCUAGAGUCUACCAUUAAGCCAUGGGUGCAUGAAGCAAUAACCGCUAAUGCACAAGACUCUGGAAGUACCCCAGUUGUUCAGAAUAUACCAUCCAAACCCCAGACAACACAGCCCCCAACCAUUUCCAUACCUAUUUCCACACCUUUAGCCAUAGAAAACCAACAACCAUCCACAUCAAGGGGAACCCAGGAUACAGAACUAGUAUUCUCUCCUACAACGACCAAACCCAACCUAACCACCGUACCCUUCGAGGAUCUUGUAGCUGAGAUCUACGACCGUAUACUAGACGUGGAAGAAGACAACCUCACCCCUCUUCAAAAAGCCCUUCUCCAUGCUCUAGAUACACAGAACACAUGCCGUGACAGUCUCCGUGGCGCUAAACGUUCACAUGAGGAUCCUGAUGAUUCGGAUUCUCAUGAGGGGGAGAACAAGCGCCCGCGGAUACUUGAGCAUGUUGCUUCUACCAGCCAACCCUCAAAGCCAAACCAACCCUCCACCUCUACCAAUGAGCAACCCACUACUUCAGCCAGCCAUAAAUCCCUAGCCACUCUCUCUAGCAUGGUCGAGCUAGACAUAACAUCCCGAGGUGCAUCUCCUAUAGAUGUUAACCAAGGACGGAAUGGAAGUCCUGAUGAUGCUACCACGAGUACAUCUUCUUACUCAAGCCAUCAGUUAGAACCUAGUUCGAAACUGAUGUCAACGGGCAAUCCUGAGGAUCCCGAUGUUUCACUUUCUCAGCCAAGGGAGGAUUGGCCGCAUGUAACGAAGUAUAGAGGUCUGGUCUCUGCGCAAGAGCAUCGUGUUGAGAUAAUUGAGGAUCCCUGCAAGUCUCACCAGGAUCCCGAUGCUACGCCAGACAUAUCGCCACAGCAGCAGCAGGAUCCCUCCAGCUACUACAAUGAUCAAAUGCACAAUGAACUUGAGGAAAUGCUGGUGCACAACAAAUGGUCUGAACUCUGGGCAGAUGUAGAUGAAUCACAGCGAAGAGCAUAUCUCAGAGAUCUCUUAGUCAACUGUGCUACUGAUGUGAUUCUACUUGAUCAAGAUGAACUCAAGGAGGGAGAGAACUAUGAGACACCACCCAAGGAACUUGAGUCAAUCAUUAGACAAACAGCGGCUCAAAUGCCCAGAAAUGAGAAGCCCUGGGAAAAGAUCGACAUCAACGCCCCCUUUCAAGAAGAAAUCAGAGAAAACAUCUGGCGAAAAGAGGAUAAGGUCAGAGAACUGGAUGAACUGAAGAUCUGUGGUCUUAACCAUCUACGAGGACAAAACAAGGGCGGACAGCUAUUUCUACUUAGUCAUCACUAUAUGGGAAAACAGAGAGAAGUCUGGCAACACGAACUUCAAACAGCCAAGGACCCUAUCUGGGCUGUUCUCAAUGUGGCUGAAACCAACUUUCAAGAUAUCAAACUCUCUGUUUACCAUCUUCAGCGCUCUGACGGAACGGUAUUCACGUGCAAGGAAAAUGAUCUCUACAUGCUAAAGAUGGACGACAUCUAUCAGAUGUAUCUUGCAUUCCAGGAAAUUCCAGGCAUUCGUGACAAAAUUACACAAGAUGGGCUGGAUGCACUCAAGCGGUUUAUGAUCAGACAAAUCAAAUUCUUUGCCUCUCAUGAUCUUCAGAUGGCUCUUGAAACAAACAUGCCAAAGACGAAUCUCACAAGACCAAAGCUGUAUGGACAAGAAUUGGAGGACUUUCCUGAGUAUUACAUCUUUGAUAGUCCAAUCACGCUUAUCUAUCUGAAUCACAAUGGCGAGAAACGUAUGCUAUUCAUUGAUGAAAUUAACAAGUACUGUGACGGAACCCUGAAGAUUGUGAAAGAGAAGCUACAACCGAUCAGAGAAGCAUUUAAAGAAAGACAGCAAAAGUAUGCAAAUGCCACAGAUGCUGAAUUAAAAGAGGCACACAGAAUUGACAGCAUCCUACAGGCCAUCGAAAAGCAACUGGAUAAAAGAAAUUCACUCAGGAGCUAUGAGCACGCGCUAAACCUCAGAAAGAACUAUUACAAAGCUCAGAAGUGAAGAAACCCAGCAAGACGGCACUUGACCACAAAGGGGGAGAUUGUUAGAACUUUUAUUGUGGGUCAAGUUUGUCUGUUAAGUCUUGUUUAAUAAAGUAGACUAGUUAUACCGGUUAUGGUAUUAGAUUAGUAUUAAUAUGUAAUAAAUAAGGUAAAGGGAAUAAGGCCCAAAAAGGCCUUGGCCCAACUUCCAAGGUUUACCUAAAUCGGUAACCUGUACAGCGCCUAUAAAUAUGCGCCUUGUGUACAGGUACCGUAAGACAUCAAUCGAUCAAUCCACUCUAGCCUUACGCUGCUAAAAUUCUUCUCGAUAUAAUAGAAACACGAUCUCAAAGUUCUCGAUAGCUCAUAAAUCAUUCUGUGAGAUCGUUCAUUUCAGUUAUUCGAUGAUAUCCAUCUAGCUGUGAGUGUUAGUCUGCAUAAACUGGGACCAACAGACUACUUUAGCAGGACACAUAUAUAUGUAUACACAUGUGCCAGGUGAUGCAGGCAGUGUUAAGGAAAGAUGAUAAUCCAUAUCUUGCACUUGCAGUCGAUAUAUGGAGCUUGUACGUGCAUGUGUAGUGAUAAUAAUCAGGGGAAAGUACACUCUUCCUACCACACCCCUGAUGGUGCAAAACCACUAUAUCUUCAUAUUUCCGCUGCAGCACAUGGAAAAUGAAGUUGGAGCUAAAGAAAAUCAGAGAUUAACUUAGAAUGACAGAAUGUUAUUGUGGCUGUGCUCGUGUUCAGGGCAGGCCAACAUAUGAGUUUCCCCAUCCAUUAGCUCGUGUGCGGUGUGCCCCAAAGUGCUGGAUAUUGGUUAUAUUAAUGACCUCAGACAUAUUUAAUACAUACCAUGGUUCCAUAGAGGUACAGUAUCUCUCUGCCUUGCUAUAUAAAAAUGAAGCACUCUAGAUGUCCGUGAAUUUGUCUCAUUGAGUUCUUUCUUUGGUACAAUUUCUUUUCCUUCACUCCCCCCAACUUGUAUUUUCUUUUAAGUUCUACUGAUAUUGACUUUGCUUCCGCUUCAAUUUUUUUAUUCUGAAAAAUGAAUGGACAUCAAAUGGUUGUGUAAAAUGUUUUUUCCUUUUUUGCCCUCAAACUCACUUUAGUCUUUUAUCCAAAUAAAUUUAAUCACAUGAUAAAAUUGACAGAAUUAUAUAAAUAUCAGCCUACUAGCUUAAAUGGCAUUACAAACAUGGCCUUAAACAUAAUAUCUUGGUAAAAGAUAUCGUAUAGUAACUUCUUUUUAUAAUAAAGUGACAUACUUGAUGAUUUUGUGGUUGCUGCUUUUUGAAGUUUGUGAUUGAUGAAAGCUUGAUCUUGAAAAGUGAAUGCUUUGCACUAUUUGCAUAAUGAAUCCUUUGUGAUGAGCUUUUAAUCUAAUAAAUAUUUUGUAUUAUAGAAGGACAAAAAAGAGACGAGUUAAAAAGAAAACUAAAGAAAAGGGAGGAGAAGCACACAGAUUACAAAUGUUGGAGCAAGGGUCAAAAUACUGGACGAAGAAAGAGGGUAGGGGAAAUAAAUGGAAAAGAAAAAGAGAUAAAAAUUUGACAUGUGGGUCGCCUUCGCAUGUAACUUGUGUAACCGGUUGUUUAGAGUCAAAAGUGUGAGUGUUUUUUUGAAGUUAUAGUGCUUGAUUGGGUGUUCUUUUAGUAUGAGAGGUUAAGUGACUUUUCGAGUAUAGUAGAGGGGCCAACUUGAUAGUAUUCCCCUUUUCAUAUAUGUUCAUUUAUAGCUGAAUAAUGCUCAUCUUUUUCGCCCACUUGGAGCUUGGAUAUAAUCUUAUUGGACCUGAUGGUUCAAAGACAUUAGCUGAAACUCUUAAGUUUCAUGGGAAUGUGAAAGAUCUCAUGCUUGGUUGGUGUCAGAUAGGGGCCAAGGGUACAGAGUACAUUGCAGAUAUGUUGAAAUGCAAUGGUACCAUAUCAAGUCUUGACUUGCGGGCGAAUGGACUAAGAGAUGAGAAAAUGAAUACUGGUAUUUCAUGUUAAAACAACCUCUAGAGGAUGCACUUUUCGCCAAGUUUGCAGAAUAUUUUGGAUUUUGAUUGUUUUUGCACAGUUUUAUUGCUUGGUUUCCAAUGUUGGGCACGGGAUUUCGCGCAACGCGCGAUGCCAUGCUAGUAAGCUAUUAUAUUGGGGUAAGAGAGGUGGCAGUUUGGGUUAACAAGCAAGGCAGGGAGCGUGUGAUUUGUUGGGACUGACGUGCAGGUUGUUACAUCAAGACUGGAAUAUGAGUUGGGUGACUCAUAAUUUAAAAUUAUGUUUAAAGAUGCUACACAAAUUCUUUACAAUGAAGCUAGUUUUACUUCCUGAAAUUGUAGUUAUGUGUGUAUCAAGUUAUUUAGAUUGAUGUUAAUAUUCUCAAGUUAAACCACACUCAAACUGAAAAACUUUUCGAAUGUAGAGUGCUAAGUCACAUUUGACCAACAUAAAGCCAAUGUGGCCCUAUUCAGCCCCCCAAAU